GAAGCUAAACAACAAGAGGCGGCUGGCUAUAACACACAUCCAAGAUAAAGUUUCAUAUCAUUUUCGCCAGCCGGCAGCACUAGAACGAACGCGCGACGGGUAGCAAGCAGUGUUUGUUGUUUCGCACAUUAUUAGAAUAUUUAAUGCGACCAGUUAUCGCAAUUAGUACGAGGGCGACAAUUGAAAAUCAAAUCGAAUAAAUCAAAACUAAUAAUAAAAUCCAAGUGCCUGUGUCACACAUAGAUCAGAAAGCAAGCUAAUAUGUAUACGAAAAUCUUUCGUGCUGUGAUAAUCGGAGCACCCGGCUCUGGCAAGGGAACCAUUUCUGAACGUAUUGUUAAAACCUUUGGAUUCCUGCACAUCUCCUCGGGCGAUAUAUUGCGCCAGAACAUUAUCAAUAAUACGGAUCUGGGCAAGAGGGCGCAACAGUUUAUCAACUCUGGUCAACUGGUGCCCGAUGAGAUUGUCACAAAAACUAUGCUGGCCCGCAUCAGAGAGGUGGGCAACAAGUCGUACAUUCUGGAUGGAUUCCCACGCAACAGUGCACAGGCGGAUAUUCUAGCCGCACGUGAGCAGAUCGAUGCGGUUAUCAAUCUGAACAUUCCACACGAUGUUAUCAUUUGCCGUGUCAAGAAUCGCUGGAUUCACGCGCCAUCGGGUCGUGUGUACAACAUUGGCUUCGAUGAUCCCAAGGUGCCCGGCAAGGAUGAUGUGACGGGCGAACCGUUGACCCAGCGUGAGGACGACAAGCCGGAGGUGGUGGCCAAACGUUUGCAGUUGUAUGAUGAGCUGAUGGGUCCGGUUUUGGCCUGGUAUGCGGAACGUGGUCUGGUCACCAGUUUCAAGGGACGUGAAACCAAAGAGAUUUGGCCACGCGUCGAACGCUUCCUCAAGGAUAAGGUCCAAGGAUAGGGGACCAAGGACUAAAACCGUUAUUAUAUCCGAAUAGAAUUGCUUUAAUUGUGCACAAAUUAAUUGGAUAAGAACAAUGUGUUCAAUGAAGCUCAAACAUAUUUAUAUGUAUAUACAUAUACAUAUCUAUAUGUGUGUGGACAGGACGGAGCAGAAGUCUAAUUAAAUGUAAUUGCCGAAGCCUUACAAUGUGAAAACGAUAUAUGUCUAAUUAAAUGUACUACUUUCUUUUGUAUUUUGAUUAGCCAGCGCGACACCCUAGUAAACAAAACAUUCCCCUCAUAUAAAUGUAUUUUGUUCUCCCCCUUCCUUUUUUUAUAUAUGUAAACAUCAUCUUUUUGUACUCGUGUUUUUGUACUAUGUGCUCUGAUAAUAAAUCGCGUUUUGUUAUACUGUG